AUUAAAAUCACAGAUUAAAUACAACUGGGAUAAAUAUUCUGCCUAUCUAUCUAUCUAUCUCUCUCUAUAUAUACCAUACUAAUAUUACUAAACCAUAGUGAUUACAAUGAUGAUACAAUUGAUAGGGAUACUAAUUAUAUUCUGAUUAAUAAUGAAAAAAGAAUUCAUGAUAUAAUAAUGGAUCAUAAUACAAUAUUUGCAUUACAAUCUACUCCAUCUAUUGUUAAUAUUAAUAAAUUUAGUCAAUAUAAUUCAAGACUAAUAAAACUGGUUAUAAACGGAUUAGACCAAUGUGUAAUGAAAUGAAUUUGAAGAAAAUGAAUCGUAUUGACAAUGAUGAUAAUGAUGAUUCUAUGGAACAUCAAACGAUUAAUAUUCCAAAUAAUAAUAUACAACAACAACAUCAUGAAGAACAAGAUGUCAUUACACAUCAAUCUGUACUACAUCGAAGUUUAGCUGAAUGUUUAAAACGUUUAUGUAAUGAAAUACAAAGUAAUCAUUUUCUACCAAUUACAAUGAAUGCAUCACUUAAUACUGAUACAAUUAAUUCAAUUCAUAAUGAUUAUUCAACUUGUAUAACUACACCUAUCACUAUUCCUACUACUAAUAUCAAUACUACUAAUACUAGUGUUUCAAUGUAUCCAACUCAAGCAUUAGACUUGAGUAUAACAUCGAAUAUUACAUUAAAUGAAAGUAUAUCCAAUGAUUCAUUGAAUAUAACUAAUACAUUCAAUAAGAGUUUAUCACCUUCACCAACAUUAUCUUCAUACUAUUCAUUAAAUAAUAAUAAUAAUAACUUUAUUGCACUCACCUUGUCUUCCUCAUCUUCUGAUUCAUCUACUUCAUUGAUGUCAUCAUUUUCAAAUAAUACUAUGCCACAACAAGAACAACAAGAACAAAGAAACACAGUUAGUUUGACAAAUAUCACCAAUCAAACUGAUUCACUUAUAAAUAGUUUAAAUUAUGACACUUCUAAUAAUAUUAAUACUAAUGUUAGUAGUAGUAAUGAUAAUCAUAGUCAACAACAAACUAUUCACUACGAUUCUCCGAAUAUUAUCAAUACCGCUCAAACAUUAUUAUUUCCUGGCCUUACUCCAACAAUUUUUAAUUUACCUUCAUGUUUAACUUGUACAAAUACAUUAACACCAAUCAAAUCAGUAACGGAUCAAUUAAUCAAUGAAAAAGGUGAACAAGACGAAAUAAAAGAAGAACUUUUUACAAAGAUUACUAAACCAACUUAUUUACAUCAAAAUGAAUUGAGUAAUAAUACUACUACUAAUAAUACUACUAAUAAUAGUAAUAUUAAUAAUAAUCCACCGGCUAUUAUAAAUAACAUAUUAAAUCCAACUGAAUUAAUUUUAAAUUAUGCAACAAAUUAUUAUUUACAUGGAAAUCAUCAAUCAUACAAUAAUAAAUGUUUGACAGAAGAAGAUAUUAUUGAAGGAGAAGAAGGGGAGGAUAUGAAAAAAGAUGAAAUUUCUACAUGUACUAGUCCUGAUGAAACAAUAUUAAAAGAAUUCGAUAAUGAACUGUCUUCAAAACGUAUUGAUUCAUCUGACAUGGAACAAUUAGACUUAAAAACAACUUCAUUAUGGUUAACAGAAUCCGAUAUACAUUCUAUACCAAAUCUAGUUGAAUCCAUCAAAAAAUACCAUUCAAAUGAUGAGUGUGGUUUUGAUGUAUGCCGAUCAUCUAAAUUGAGAGAACAUUAUCAUUGUAGUAUAUGUAAUAAGAUUAUUCUACGACGUGAAGAAAUGAUAAGACAUGCUAAAUGGCAUAGAAAACGUGAAGAAAGUAUGCAAUAUGGAUUUAUGCGUUAUAGUCCAUGUGAUGAUUGUACUGUUAUUUCUUGUCCACAUAAUGGACGUCAAACACAUUAUCACUGUAUGCAAUCAAAUUGUGACAAGGUAUAUGUCAGCACAUCAGAUGUACAAAUGCAUGCAAAUUAUCAUCGUAAAGAUGCUGUUAUUAUACAAGAGGGUUUUCAACGAUUUCGUGCAACAGAAAAUUGUGGUAUUACCAAAUGUCCAUUUUAUAAAGAAUGUACUACACAUUUUCAUUGUCGACGUAAUAACUGUCACUUUACAUUUAAAAAUAAAGCUGAUAUGGAAAAACAUAAAGUACAUCAUCAGAAAAAUGAUAGAUUUGCACAAGAUGGAUUUCGUCGUUAUAUAAAAUGUGAAAAUUGUGAUUUUCCCGAUUGUCAAUAUUCUGGCGUAAUAAACCAUAUUCAUUGUAUUCGACCAGGAUGUGAUUAUGUAAUCCAUUCAUCUAGUCAAAUAAUGUCACAUAAACGAAAACAUGAUAGACGAUUUGCAUCAUUUUCACCGAAAUACAUAAAUAUGUUAUGUCAUGAUGAUAUCAAUCAAACAUUUUCUCCAUCUAAUCAAAACAACCACAACAAUAAUAAUAAUAAUAAUGAGAAUGACGAUUUAAUCAAUAUUAAUGAAAAUAAAAUCAAUAAAAUCGAUUUCAAUAUUGAUAUCCAUACAACUGAUUUAUUAGAAACAAAUACAUCGAUGAAUCAUUUAAAACAAUCAUUUCAUAAUGAAUUUCAAUUAUUACAUAAUGAUUUCAAUAAUAAUUUCAAUGAUAUAAUGACUACAAAUGAUUUAUUAAAUAAACUAUCAAAAUUUGUUGCUAUGUGUAUAUAUCGACGUGAAAAUUGGGAACAUAUAUUAUUAAAAAUCAAUAAUUUUGAUGAUAAUUUAAAUUAUGAACAUUUAUUAUUAUAUAAAAAAAUUGAUAAAAUUCUUAUCUCUAUCUAUCAAUCAUAUAAUCAAUAUUUAAAUAAGUGUUUUUGGCCAGGAUGUCAUUCAAACAUUAAUAGUAAUACGAUUGAUACUACCACCACCACCUCCACCACCACCACCACUACUACUACUACUUAUAAUAAUAAUAAUGAUAAUAAUGGUAGUAAUGCCAAUAAUAAUGACGAUGAUGAUGUAAAACAAUAUGAAGACUCUUCUAAAACAUGGUGUAAAUAUUGGUUAUCUCAUUUAUGGGAAGCAUGUUUAUCAUUUUAUGCUUAUAUAGAAUGUAAUCAAUCAAAUUGCCCGAUUCAAUCCAAUAAUAAUGAUAAUAAUAAUGAUCAUAUUCAUUGUCGUUUUUGGCCAAAAUGUAAUUUUAUUAAUUUAUCAAAUCAACUAAAUUUUCAAAUAUUAUAUAAACAUUUUCUUUCACAUAAUGAAUAUUUAAUGACUAAUUCAUUAAAAGAUAAUCAAAAUCAAUAUCAUGUUACUAUGGAUACAACAUAUAAUAAUUUAAUUAAUCCAAAACGUAGAGGUAGACCACCAAAAUAUGCUAAACAUAUUUAUGUACCACAUAUUAAUCCACCUGAAUAUUUAUGUAUAGAUAAUCAAUAUACUAUUGAUUUAACAUAUUCAAUGUUUUUUGAUCCAAUCGAUAAUAAUAUUGAUCAAAAUGUAUUACAUAAUCGCGUUAGCAACUAUAACACCAUGUUAUUACGUAAUAAUAAUAAUAAUAAUAAUGAGAAAGAACAAAAUCAAUUUAAACAUAUAAAAUAUGCUAUAAAAUUAUUUUUACCUAAUGAAAUCUGUCCAGAUAUGAAUUGUCCUUAUUAUAUAACCCAUGAACAACAUUAUCAUUGUGUUAAACCAAGAUGUUAUAUGUCUACUAAUAAAUUAGAUUUAAUUAAUAUACAUCGUCGUGAAUUUCAUCAACAUACUAUUAUAGAAAAAGGUUUUGAAUAUUAUGAUAUUAAAAAUUUAAAAACGAAACAAAAUAUAAUCAAUAAAACACAAAAUAUAAAUCAAUCAAUCGUUGCUAUGGCAACAAAUACAUCAUCAAGUAUAGAUAUUAAUAUAAUGAAUAAUAAUACUACAAAGUAUUAUCAUUCAAAUAAUAUACAAUCAAUGAAUUCAUUAGAUCCAAUUGAUAUACAUUCUGAACAAUUAUUAUCUAUUCCAUUAUGUAAUCAUCAAAUGAAUAAUGAUAAUAAUGAUGAUAAUAAUAAUGUGACAAAGAAGGAUUGUACAGAAGAUUCAUCAUUACCUGGUUUACAACCUAAUUGGACUGCUUCAAUGGUUACAAAUGUUAAUGAUGUGACAAUGGGAUCGAUUAGUUCACCAGUGAAAAUAGAUUGUUCAUCUGAAUGUACAAAUGAAUGUUUAUAA